AUGUACUCUGCUCGUUCGGGCUCGACUUCGAGCGCCAACACCUCUUCCGCAUUGCGCUCGCCUCAAGCGCCUACUGCCUGGGAUCAUGCGGCCCGCGUGAGAGCGUCGGAACCGCCGCGACGCGCCGAGACGCAGCCAAGUCCGCAGGCCGAGGCGUGGACGGAGGAGCUUCAGCGCAGCCACACGAUUGCGCACCGAGGAGCUGCAGCAUGGCCUCCCACUGCGCCCAUCUCUGCGCCCGCAGCGUCGCAGCGCGCAGCGCAGACGCCGGCGGCCGCACAGCCUGCGCAGGGCAACAAGCCCGCCCUGCGUUCGGCCGUGUCGUACUCCUCCGUCGGCACUGGCGCCGCGCCCAGUGCGCGCACUCUCGGCCUCGGAGCUGCCUCGGUGCCAGCCGCUGGGCGCGCGGCGCCGUUGCGUGUCGACACGCGCACUGGGCCCUCGGCGGCCGAGGAGCUUCUCUCUCAAGGCAUCACGCACCACGAGACGGGCGAGCUGGCGCGCUCGGCGUACUACUUUGAGCGCUCGGCGCGCGUCGAUGGCGGCUGUGUGGUGGGCAUGUGCAUGUGGGGCAUGGCGCUGCGAGAGGGGUGGGGCGCGCGAAAGGAUCCCAAGAGAGGCUUUGAGUGGAUCUCGAGGGCGGCCGCUAGAGCGGGCGAGAUGAUGAGUGGAGAGGGCAAGAAGAGCGAGGGGGAAUUGCGCGCGAUUCGAUCGGAGCUCAAGCUGUCAGUGUAUGAGCUCGGCAAGUGCUUCUGCUACGGCUGGGGCGUCAAGAUGGACAAGCGCAUGGCACUCGAGUACUUCGAGCUCGCCGCCAAGCUGGGCGAUGCCGAUGCGCAGGCCGAAGCUGCCGCGCUCCUGGCCGCCGGCAAGGGCGGCUGCAAGAAGGACCUGAAGCGCGCGGCGCAGUACUAUCGCAUGGCCGAGGCGCAGGGCUACGACACUGUCGGGCUGUCGUGGAUCCACAAGGACAAGUAUUCGUAG